AUGAACGGCAACCGCUACCGUCAAGCGCCUACUCAGGAUUACAAGCACGACUUGCCGUACGACUUCGCCUACAGGCAGGAGCAGUCACGAGCCACGCCUGGGAACAUACUAGCGAUCCUCCUGCUGGCGGUGCUUGCCAUCUACCAACUCCCACCCUUGCGAGACUUCAUAUGGAACCUCGUUGUCACACUCAUGCCGUCGCGGCUGGUAUUCGCUCUAGACCGCGCACGCACUUCUGGACUGGGAGGUGAAGAUAGUGCUGGGAGCGCCGCAGCACCGGGCAACAUGCAUACCGUAAAGAGCGAGGUGUUAAAGAGGGUCUUGAGCCUCAGCGGACCAAGUGUACUCAAAAGCGUUGCGGGAGACAGAUCGCUGAGAACGAUCAGCACUCUCAUCAAAGGGACUAACAGUGAGACUCCGCCGGGGCUCGGAAACUGGGACAACUCGUGCUACCAGAACAGCAUUAUCCAGGGUCUGGCGUCACUACACUCUCUCAAUAAAUUUCUGGCAAAGACUACGAGCGAGUAUGACAGUCUCCUGGGCGAAUCAGCAACCAGUGCACUCCUGGAUACCACUACAAAGCUCAACGAUCCCACGAAUCACGGUCAACGGCUCUGGACGCCUUCGAAGUUGAAGUCUAUGGACAGCUGGCAGCAGCAGGAUGCGCAGGAGUACUUUUCGAGAAUCCUGGAGGAGGUGGACAAGGAGGUAGUGCGGGCCUCAAGGCUGCGAGGCGGGACCUCCGGGCUAGAAAGUGUGCAAGAGAUCGCCGCGGCCGGGGACUCGACCAGCAUCGGUGCGGCAAAAUCUUCCGAAGAGGAGACUGCGAAGGACCAGACGUUCCGGAACCCUCUGGAGGGCCUCCUAGCCCAGCGUGUUGGCUGCAUACGCUGCGGCUACUCCGAAGGCCUCUCAAUGAUUCCGUUUAAUUGCCUUACCGUGCCCCUUGGCCGAGACUAUACCUACGAUAUUCGGGACUGCCUCGACGAGUAUACUAAGCUUGAGCCUAUCGAAGGUGUUGAAUGCGCGAAAUGCACGCUUAAAAAGUCCGAAGAGCACCUGCGGCGACUUUUGGAGAGUGGAACCACUGGUGGUUCUCCAAUGCCAGAUGCGCUCUUGGACUCGAUUCGAGGUCGGUUGGCUACUGUGCAGCACGCGCUGGACGAAGAGAACUUCGAGGAGAAGACGCUCGUCAAGAAAUGUCAGAUUCUGAAGAAGAACUGGGUGUCAACGACAAAGUCGCGGCAGGCAGUCGUAGCAAGGGCGCCAACAUCGCUCGUCUUGCAUGUUAAUCGAAGCGUGUUUGACGAGUAUAGCGGUGCACAAAGGAAGAACUACGCCGAUGUCCGGUUUCCGCAGACUCUGGACCUCGGACCGUGGUGCCUUGGUGCCAGCCAACAGCCAGAAUUAGAGACUCUAGGAGAAGCCACGGAACAGUGGACCAUAGACCCAAGGACAUCCAUGCUUGACGGAGAGAACAGUCUACUGCAGCUGCCGUACGAGCUUAGAGCUGUUAUCACGCAUUACGGACAUCACGAAAACGGACACUACAUUUGCUACAGAAAACACCUUUAUAAGGCUCCCAGCUCAGAGACGUCCGGUUCCCAGGACGACGACUUAGAAGCAUCUGAAGGAGGGAAGGCUGUGGCUUCUGAAAGAUGGUGGUGCCUGAGUGAUGACGACGUUUCGCAGGUUACUGAGGAGGACGUCCUGCGGCAGGGCGGUGUGUUCAUGCUGUUCUAUGAGCGCAUGGAGCCGCCUUCUGGGUCUCCGGUUCCCAAUCCAGUCGAGUGCGCGUCCAACAUAUCAUCAGUGCCAGAACUAGGAACAGCAGCAGUUGCGGCCGGACCGGGAGAGGCUGAACAGCCUGAAGCGCUCCUUGACACAGCACUACCCAUACUCACAAGCGCAGAUCCACCAUCCGCUCUGCUUGCAGCCUUGCCCGAAACCGGACCCUCAGGAUCCUCCGCCAACCCGUCCGCGUCACCAGAGAUCGCGCUCGCGCUCGCAUCUCCUGCUCAACUAGGUUCAAACUCCUCAGAGGACACAGCCUCAACCGCCCCACCAAGCGACGACGAGGCCGAUACCGGCGUGGACCCAGAGCCGCAGUACCACCAGAGCAAGGCGGCUAGGAAAGUCUCGAAUGCCCUGUUGAUGCGGACAGCGUCGCCGACGAGUAGGGUGCGGGGUGAGGAGUCGAUGGCGUCGCCGUUGAGGAUGGUUGCUGCGACUUAA